CCCGUAAAAGGUUUUGCUUCUGAGCACAAGUCCGUCACAGUUGUAAGAAGAUUUGGGUAUAUAAUAUUCUCUACCUUUCUCGCUGAUUCGUAAUUGGUUUUGAGAUCCAGAGUCUAACAAUGGACUCCAAUUUGCUCCCCGAAGUUGAUUCCUUACCCGAUGGAUUCGUCGACCCCGAGGAAGCAAACCGAAUCACAACAAACCAUCAAACAGGUGAUGUCUCGAUCGAGAAAACAAAGAAGCCCAGGACUUUUCCCGUUCCUUUGUGUGAAGAAACAGAUGGUAAUGAAGACGACCUAAGUAAGGUCUCGAGCUUAGAGCUGAAGGAACCAUCUCAAACAUCGUCAUCACAAGGGUCCUCCCAAAAUCCAAACAAGGAAACAGAAUCUACUCAGAGUAUCGAACCCAGAAAACAACAGGAGGCAGUUGAGACAGAGCGUAAGACUUCAAAGAACAUGUUCAAAUCCGAACAAGAUUUUCUCGAAUUCAUGCUCAAGUAUCAGCAAGUCCUUUCUGAAAGAGAUUCUGCUAUUACUGUCCGUGACAAGCUUGAGUCACUUUGUAGGGAGUUACAACGUCAAAACAAAAUGUUGAUGGAAGAAAGCAAGCGGGUUUCGACUGAGGGACAGACUUUAAGAUUAGAUCUGUCGACAAAGUUCCAGGAAGCAAUAAAGGAUGUGAGCAUUAAGUUGGACGAGCAAAGGGAUGAAAGCCUCUCACAACUAAAAGAAAAUGAAAUGUUGAGGACGAAGUUGAAGCACCUGGCUGGUCAAUAUAUGCUUUCAGAACAACAACAUGAGCAAAGAAUGAAGCAGAAAACCCUCGAGCUACAGAUUUCUGAAAUAAAAAUCAAACAACACGAGGAGAAAGUAAUUCAUGAACAAUCUCAGAUGAAAGUAUAUGCAGAUCAAGUUUCUCAGCUUUUAGCAACUGAGAAAAACUUGCGGGUGCAGCUAACAUCUGAUGGAGAGAAGUUCCAGCAGUUCCAGGAUGCAUUGGUGAAGAGCAACGAGGUGUUUGAAACAUUCAAACAAGAAAUCGACAAGAUGUCAAAAGCAAUCAAAGAACUGAGGAAAGAAAACGCAUUCUUGAAGAGCAAAACAGAAAGAUCAGAUUUUACUCUCGUAGAACUAGUUGAAGAGCGUGAGAGAUUGAAGAAGCUUUUGGAGAGGACAAAGAACCAGAAAGAUAAGCUUGAGUCGCUUUGCAGAUCCCUUCAAGCAGAAAGAAAGCAAAAACAAUCUAACAGUAGCCAUUCUGCAGCUGCUCUUGAAAGCACAGAGAGAUUGUGAUUUAAACUAAGAUUUUUUUUUGUGCGGGAGUUUUAAACUAAUUAGCAAUUCAGAUCAAAAACUACAAUUCACUCAAUUAGGCCUUUCUUGAAAACUCUCUCAGGCACAUCACCUAAUAUUAGGCUAUCUGCCUUUUAGAAAUUUACUAAAAGUAUCUCCAAUGUAAAAUUCCAUUUUUCUA